UCCUACACAGGCCCCUCACACACACACACGAGCGCGGGAUCCAGAGAGGUGGCACACAGUCAUCCUCUCUCUCUCCUUACUCUGUACUCUGUCGGUCGGUCGGUCGCCUGAUCUUCGGCGGCGCCUGUCGAGGACCGUUCGCGCUCCACGCUCUCGAAACCAAGUUCCGAUUUCGGAAGGAAACGACGAAACGAAAACUUGCGCCCGGAAAAGACGAUAGAAAACACGAAGCUAUAACAAGUCCAGGUAGACUUGAAUCAUCCGGUAUAUUUAUUUAUCUGUUUUUUAAAAACUAAAAAGAUUCUUCUCAAUUCCAUUUGCACCGAGAAAAAAAAAAAGAUUGUCUUUUCGCACAGAAAAUUAGAUUAUUUUUUUUUUUGGUCGUUGAUUAAAGUCCUGAGAACCGAAAUCGUUCUCGGAGACAUCAGGAGGGAGAGAGAGAGAGAGAGAGGGGUUCGCACAGACCUUCCUCGUGGACUGAAUUGGUGAAUUCGCAUUCCUACUCCCGCAGGAGUGAGAGAGAGAGAGGGAGGGAGGGAGAGAAAGAGAGAGCGCUAAUCGGUAGCAGGACCUGUUGAAGGAGAGGAUCCUAGCGGCGGCGGCGAACCUCGUGACUGUCGCCUGCUACCUGUUGCAUCACGCCUUGUUCCUGCCCAGCGGAGGCGCCUCAGGACACCGAUUCGUCGGGGAAGAUUCCUCUCUGAGUUUCCCCUUUGGAAGUCUUAAAGGAUGAGGCUAUCAGUGGUCUGCGUCCUGGCAAUGGCCGGAUGGGCCGCGGCUGCUCCUGGAAGUCUAGAAAAGGACAAGGACACGACUGAGGACCUUCAGCAGGAGGAAGCCGAGGGAGACAACCUGGCACCAGCAAUCAAUGAACUGGAGAGGCGAAAGAGGGGUGGCCCCAAGUCCAACCUGCCCUACUCCAAAUACAGACCCACAGGAGGCAUUCACAGAUUUUCUCUCCGCAGGUACCGCUAUCCUUUGUACCGCAAGCGGUCGUACAAGCCACAGCCCUCCUACGACUACGAAGACGACGUCAUCCUCCCAGAGGCUGCCGAAAACGAAUACUUCGACUACGAAGACCAGCUGAGGGGCCCCUCGCUCUUCCGAGAGAGGAGCCUCCAGCAGGACCGCAAGAAGAAGGUGUUCCUCGAGAACGACGAAGGGUACUUCCCCGACGACUACGUCCUCGAGAAGAAGGUCAUACCAUCGCCCUUCAUCAUGCCCCUUAAGAAGAAGGACUCCGUCUACAACCUGGCCAACUCUCCUUACGACCUCCACACCAUCGGCCGCAUGUACGAGAUGGGCAAACGAGACGACAGUCCCUACGAUACCGAGGGCCUCAACCAGUUCCACAGCGUCGGGCGGAAGAGCCCUCCCAAAAUGAUCGUGAGCCCCGCCGAGCAGUUCUACGACGCCAUCGACUCCAUCAAGAGGAAGAAGGCCAUGUUCGACGAGCGCAUCAUGACCCCAACAGAGGCCGAAAAGCUAGAGCAACUGCUCUUCCUGAAGAGCGUUCUGAGCCCCGGGGCAGGCCAAUACCACAGUGGACAAGACCUGAGCUUCAGAGACCCUAUGAUCAGAAGGAAAAGGGACACAACUUCCGCCAGCGCCAAGGGCGCGCAUAAGACCAACACCACAACGACCCAGGGAGAGAGGACGGAGUCAAAAGUCUCAGCUCACCGGCAGAAGACCGAGAAGCUCACCGGCGACCGCAGGAAACGAGCUUUCAACGACUACUUCGCCUGGGAGAGGAAAGCUUUGGAAUCGGAAUAUCAGCCGGUGGAGAAGCGGAGCAGUAACAAGGACCUGAACGACUUCUUGACCCGAGAAUAUUUCAAGAGCAUCGCCCGAUCCGUUGGACAGAAGAAGAAGAGAAUGGCCUACGCCCAGUUCGAAGCUGACAAGAGAUCGUCUGGGCUUAACGAAUUUUUGGAAAACCCCGCCAUGUUGGAGUACAUGCAAUCAAAACUGAGAGAAGCCGAAGAGGAAGUGGCAGCUGAGGCCCAGGAAGAGUUAGGAAACGGCAACAACGAUGAGCUCUUAUCUAACAUUGUGGUGCGUCUAGAUGCCCUAGAAAGAAUGAGGGAGGCUCUUGCUCGCCUUGAAGAACUCCAGAACAAAGAAACUGAGCCGCCAAGUGGCCUCAGCGGAGUAGCAAGGAAACGUAUGGCAAGUAGCGCCACCAGCACCAGGAGUCCUUCACCCGUUGGAAUCACAGCGCUGUCCGCAGUGUCGAGAAAGCGAUCCACUGUCGACGAUCUGAAGAAGAACAAGAAAUCCGCUCUCAACGCCAGAAGGAUCAGCAGGAUGAGAAGAGAACAGGACGCUCUUCCCGCUAUCUUCCUGGGGAACACCAGGGAAGAUUGCCCAGUGCUUGAUCGUGUCUACAUGAACUGCGAGGACGUCACCAAAAUCGUAGGAGAUCAGGACCAAGCCUUCCUUGGGCCUUGCCUCCGCCACGAGGUCUGCUACAUGUGUGGUUCCAGCCUCAGCGUGUCUGGCCACGAAUGCGACGCCAUCUUGUCCUCAUCGCUGGAGGCUGCGUGUUCCGGGAACCUGGAUUGCUUGAGCGCUGCCGGAGGGACGUUCAACCUCCUCAGCAACGCCGAUCGGUAUGACGACGACGGCACUUGCACCCACGACCCCUGCGUCAGGCAGUUCCUCGAGUCUCGCUGAAAACCUCAGGCCUAAAUUGCUCUCCGGUUGUUCACCCGCCGAUGAAGAAUAGCUGUGUAUCCAAAGGCUUCUGGAUUGGUUGAUGGAUGAUGCCCGAGUCUUCUUGUCGCAUCUAUUUGUUCUUUGUACAAAUUUGUAGCUAUACUCAAGAGCAGAAGCUGUGAAUGUUUCAUUGUAUCUAAAGCACUUAGUGGUGCAUUCAGUGGUGUUGUAAAGAGGAGAGGUAGUGUUUGUUAUUGUGAGACAUAAAGUAAGCGUAAUAAAUAGUUUUACAAAAAGAAUUUAUAAAAGGAAGAAGUAAGUGAUAAAAAACUGGUGAAAGUAACCAAUUUUGACCAUCUUAGAAUGGUCUCUAGGUCUUGGAUUCAUGCUAGCACUAGUUAUAUUUCUGCCUUCAACUUUGAGAGAGAUUCCAUGCAAAAUCAACGAUGUUAGUUGAAAUAAAUAAUCACUAGAAAUGCAAUGCAAUAAAGAAAUUUUAGCGAACCUUUGACCAAAAUUUUUACCAUUUGACUUUGGGGAAUGGAGUAAGCCUAAGAGACUCCUUUUGGUACCUAGAUCAACUUCCUUCCAGGUAGGAACCCUCGCGUUCAAUGGAAGUGACUGAAUCUUUGCGGUGAAUUCAGAUGUUCCAGAGGAGAUAGAUGGUUGGUGUCCGCGACAAAAUGCCUAAGGAUUUGCAUAGCGACCUUUGCCAAAUUAGGUAAUUUGACUGCAGGCAUUGGACGCCAACCAAUCACGGAGGCACUUGAACGGAGCAGACAGACCAAUUGUUAAAAAAAGAUAAUAAUAAUAAUAAAAAAAUAAGAGCCAUUCCAGUGAUAGACUCCUCCCUGUAGAUGCGUGUUGUAUGUUGAUAUAUGUCGUGACUGACACACGUCUUCUCGUUGUCCGUUUCCAUUUUCCAGAAAUCGGGGUCCAGGGGUCUAAACAACUACAAAAAUAGAUAAAUCAAUAAGUAAAUAGAAUAAAUAGAAUAAAAUAAAAGAAAAUAAUUAGGGAAUAUGACUAAUUCCGCUCGGAGAAACGAGAGGAUUUAUUUUGAUAUCAUUUUGAUUAUCAUUGAUAACACAUAUCACUAAUGCCACUUUAUCAUGAAAUGAAAUAGGAUUUAAUCGGAAUAUGGGUGUUGACUCCAUAAGGGUAUGGGGACAACACGUCAAUUUGACGGGACUAUAAAAUAGGGCGGUUAAUUAUAAAUUAUUUAUGUCUAGAGAUAUUAGUAUCUGACGACGGAACUUGUGAAUACUAUAUAUUAUGUGCAUACACAUACACACUCUAUGUUGUAUGCAUGAGCUGAGUAAUGUCAGUGCAUACUGACGCUCAAAUAUACGUAGACAUUCGGAGUCACGAAAUAAAAUAUAAAUGACGAUGUUUAAUAAAAUCGAAUGCGCUCUUAAUCAGUGUUCUGAAUGAGGUCUUCUUCGCUCUUGGAAAACAAAUCUUCAAAAUAUAUGAACUCUCGGUCAAUAUUUCUACGGAGUAAAGAAAAUGUCAUGCAUGUUAUAUAUACGCAAAUCGGAUUAUGUGUACGUAUAUGCACGUAUGUGUAUCAUUAAUCCCCCGUUUACUUUCAUCUGAACGUAUAUGUGUGUCUGGUGAUAUACCUUUUCAAAUGAAAGGGUUUCUUGGUAUUAUUGUGGGAAAUAAGUCAUGUUGUGUGAAGCAUGUGAAAUGUUCAGGUCUAUUUUGUGCCUGAUAAUGUGAUCUAUGAAUUAUAUACUUCAAAAAAACUUGUAGCUCUAUAAAGAUAAGUAAAUCAUGAUGUAGUACAAUAAAAAAAAUAAUUCAAUCAGUAUUCUUGGAGAAUAACAGACAUUGUGUGUUUUG